CGACAUCGAAAUUUUUUGCUCGGUACAAGAUUUAGUUCGUGGUCCCCCAAUUUUACCGAGUUUGAUUCCGUUGGAGUUGCAAAGUUUCAAAACAAACAUGAUGAAGGUCAUCCAGAACCUCACUAGUGCCCCACUCUCUCCACCAAAUUUGGCUCUUGUGGUCACCAUACAAAACACUGAGUCUCAUGAAAAGGAAUUAAAGGAUGACUCAAGCGCCGAAUCACAUGUUGGGGAUGUUAUGGACAGUAGGCCUAAACUCAUGAAUGAAGAGGACGAGUGGUCCAACGCCGUUGAAAAUAAUGAAGGUGAUAUUUCAAAAGAUAUUGUUAAUGUGGACACCGAUCCGGUCAAUGCCUCAACUUAUGUAGUCGUUGCAGAGCUUGCCCUUCUAGAAGGUGCCAACAAGGUGGCAGAUGCAGAUAAUAAGCAUGCAGACAACCCCUUUUCAUUUGACACCAUUAAGUUGUUUGACAAUGUUGAUGCGGUCAAGACAAAGCACCUAGUUUCACCGAGAGAACCUACACUGGGUUUGGUCUUCAAUGGUCCAAAUAUUCAUGGCCUUGGUAAGAUGCCAUGUGGUGAUGGUAAUUUUUUUGCAUUCGAGAAUCUCCAUUACCAAGAAGGCAUAGGGCAGGAUCCGAUUGUGCGCGGUGGUGGCGGCGUCGGCCAUGUGGAUCAUCACAAACUUGGCCCAAUUGAUUGGGAUUUGAGAAGGGCAAUCCACCGUAAGGCCGCCAUUUUUUAUGGAACAAAUUACUCAUAUUGGAAGGAGCGAAUGAGGUUUUUUGUUCAAUCAAACGACUUCAAAAUUUGGCUUGCUAUCAAGAAUGGAGAUUGCUUGCCGAUGAAGAAGAUUGGCGAUACACUCAUCCCGAAGCACGACGAUGAAUACGAUGAAGCCGACUUCAAGAAGGCUCAAUUAAAUGCCACCGCCAUCAAUUUCUUGUAUUGUGCUGUCAAUGCCAACGAUUAUCAAAAGAUAUCUCGUUUCCAAACCGCCAAUCAAACGUGGAACAAGCUCAUGAUAACAUACGAAGGUAGGCCUCAAGUUCGUGAAUCAAAAAUUGAUUUACUAACCCAUGAAUAUGAGUUAUUUUCUAUGAAAGAGAACGAACUUGUGGAGGACAUGUUUGGAAGAUUUUCAAACAUCGUCAACGACCUUGAUAUGCUUGGAAAGACGCUCAGCGACAAGGAGAUAGUGAGGAAAAUCCUGCAAAGUCUUACCAAGGAAUGGGAGUCACAGGUAAACUCCAUAUAUGAAGGCCGAGAUUACAACGUUAUCACAUACGACGGUCUUCGAGGUAACCUUAUCACUUACGAAACAAAUCAUCUUUCUCAUACUCUUGACAUUAAGAAGAGAACGAGAAUUGCUUUUAAAGCAUCUUCUUCUCAAAAAGUAGAGAUUGGUGAUUCGGAUUCGGAUAGUGAUAGUGAUAGUGAGUCUAGCACUUCUUGUGAUAUUUUGGUUGAAUGUUUUAACGAGUUUAUGAAACAUGAGCUUAAUAAGAGCAAGAGGAAAAACACCCCAAAAUGUCACAAGUGCGGAAAGCUUGGCCACCGAAAAUUUGAGUGCCCGAAGCUCAAGAAGAGGAGCAAACAAGAUAAAUUCGCAUACUUUUCGUGGAAGUAUGAUGAACCUUCCAAAGACGAUUGCCUCAUCGCUCUUGAAGAACAUGAUGGGGGUCGGCGCCUCACCACUUUAGAUCAGUCCGCUUCCAACAGUAACAACCCUUCUUCAUCCUCUCGCCGUCCGUCCACCUCCUCCAGUUCCGCCGCUGCAGCUUUCAAGUCCCUCUUCUCGAAAUCCUCCGCCGCCGCACCGGCUUCCAGUUCUCUCCCUCCUCCCCCGCCCAAACCUUCCAAAACCUCAUCAUUCUUCCCCGAGCUCCGCCGUACAAAGUCCUUCUCUGCCUCGAAGAAUGAGGCGCUGGGCUUCGCUGCAGCGGCCUUUGAGCCCCAGCGGAAGUCGUGUGACGUAAGGAUCCGUAGCACCCUCUGGUCUCUCUUCUCCAUUGAUGACGUAACCAGACCUUCCACUUCACAAAACCCUCCUCAUUCCAACGAGAACUCUAGCGAUUUUGUCAAUAAACCCGUUCUCGAGUCCAACGAGGAGGAGGAAGGAGAAGAGGAACUCGAUGAUGACCAGGUCUUCUGCGAAAUCACAAAUGAAAGCCAUGUGAUUGAAGAAAUCACCGAGCUUCCAGAAUCUCCAAAAAGUGAAAACCCAUUCGAUAGAGUCCCUAAUUCUGAAAUUGUAGAGGAGGGAGGUUUCGAGGAGGAUGUAUUGAAGCCGAUGAAGGACCAUAUAGAUCUAGAUUCACAGGUGAAGAAGCCUUCCGGGGGAAGCUUCUGGUCUGCAGCCUCGGUUUUCAGCAAGAAGUGGCACAAAUGGAGACAAAAACAGAAGCCCAAGAAGCCAAACGGGAGCCAAGGCUCAGCUACUUUGCCUGCAGAAAAGAAGCUGCUCUCGAGGCAGUACAGAGAGACCCAAUCUGAGAUUGCAGACUACGGCUUUGGAAGGAGGUCUUGCGAUACUGACCCGCGGUUCUCACUGGAUGCCGGGCGGAUCAGCUUUGAUGAUCCAAGGUACUCGUUUGACGAGCCUCGUGCUUCUUGGGAUGGGUAUUUUGUAGGGAGGACUUUCCCAAGGAUGGCUCCUAUGGUCUCUGUGGUGGAGGAUGAUGCUCCUCCAAUGGUGGUUAGUGCUUCGCGUACAGAUUCUCAAAUCCCAGUUGAGGAGCUGCCUUCCAUUCUGAUGAACUCCAUGGAUGAUGACGACUCCCUGCCAGGGGGCUCUGCACAGACAAGGGAUUUCUAUGCAGAUUCAUCCUCAAGAAGGCGAAAGAGUCUUGAUAGGUCUGGGUCAGUUAGGAAGUCGGCAACAGAUGCCCUGGCUGCUGAGAUUGAUGAAAUGAAAAGCAUUUACAGUACUAAAGCAUUGACCGGGGGAACAGACUAUAGCCACGGCUCAAAGGUGUUGACUGGCGAUAGAGACUCAAACUCCAACUCUUUGAGGGACGAUUGCUCUGAGACGUUUGAGCUCACAGGCUUCAGAGACAAUGGUUCAGUGAUUGACAAUGGGGAGCGAAAGGGUUCGAAGAAGUCAAGGAGAUGGGCCUGGAAUAUACUAGGUUUCAUAUACCGGAGAGGUGGAGGGAUCAAAGAUGAUGAAGAUGAGAGGUACAACACCAGACCAAAUGGGGUGGAUAGGUCAUUCUCGGCUUCCUGGCAGGACCUGAGAAGGGAGAGCAGUGUUGACAUGAGAGGAGGAGGGGGGGUGAACAAUAAGAAGGUGUUCAGGAGCAACAGCAGUGUGGCCUGGAGGACAUCAUCAGGCCAUAUGGGUGGAUCCUUUGGGUCUGCAAGGAAACCCAGUGUGGAGGUGAAUGGGAAUAAUGGCAAGAAGGGGAAGGAGGAUUUCGUGUUGGAGAGGAACCGGAGUGCUAGGUAUUCCCCCAACCAUUUCGACAAUGGUCUCUUGCGCUUUUACUUGACACCCCUAAGUGGCAGUCGGCGAGGGAAAAACAACAGGAGAAACGCAACACAUUCCUUUGCAAGGAGCAUCCUUCGAAUGUACUGAGAUCCACCAAGAAGAGCUGCUGAUGGAAAGGCCACAUUUACUUGAACAACUGACUGAGCUGUGAAAGAUCUGAACAAGUCAGAAGAGGAAUGAGAGAAUGAAACAGAAGCUGGAAAAAUGAUUUGUGAAUUCCCU